AUGGACCCCGAGAAGGUCGCGCCUGUACUAGCCGAGGCUCCGUCGUUGAGCCCGAAGCCGACGCGUGCAGGAUCAUGGGCGCGCUCGCGCGUUGCGCGCGUAUUGCUGCCUGUGUGCAUGGUCUCGCUAUGGCUGGCUAGCGGACAUAUGGGCUGCUUGUACCAUUCUGCCGAGAAGCACGUCGUGCGCGUUGAGCCGCCUGCUAUCACGGAGUUGUGCCCGCAGGUUGAGGCUGUCGCGCCUAGUGCGCAGUUCGGCGAGCUCACGAGCGCGCUCGACGCGUCGUUGAAGGAGGAUGAGGUUAAGUCGUGGGCGAUCGAGUCGCUUGCAGCUGCUGUGCGCAUUCCCUCUAUCUCAUACGAUGGUAUGGACCCUCCUGGAACAGACCCUCGCUUCGAGAUCUUCGCGUCAUUCCACAAGUACCUAGCCGAGCGGUUCCCUCUGGCGCACAAGACGCUUGAGCAGACGAAAGUAAACACGUAUGCGCUGCUCUAUCACUGGCAGGGCUCGGAUGCGUCUCUGAAGCCGCUUAUUUUGACCGCGCACCAAGAUGUGACUCCCGUGCUUGAGGACACACUGGACCAGUGGCUUCAUCCACCUUUCUCUGGCCACUUCGACGGCACUUGGAUCUGGGGUCGGGGAAGCUGCGACGAUAAGUCGGGGCUCAUCUCCAUCAUGUCGGCUAUCGAGCUAAUGCUCCAGACGGGCUACAAGCCGACACGGACUGUCGUUCUUUCAUUCGGUAUCGACGAAGAGUCCAGCGGCCCAUACGGUGCCGGCGCACUCGCAGACUACAUCGUCGACGUAUACGGCAAGAACUCUUUCGCCUUCCUUGUGGAUGAGGGCGGGAGGUAUGCGAACCAUGACGGCGUCGUGAUUGCAUCUCCAGGUGUCGCAGAGAAGGGAUACAUCAACGUCCAGAUGGAGAUCACCAACCUCGGGGGACACUCGAGUGUUCCUACACCGCAUACCGGCAUCGGCUUGAUGGCUGCGAUGGUCAAGGCGCUCGAGGACAACCCCUUCCCUACAGCAUUGCUCCGCGACAGGACCUACUUUGCCAACUUGCAAUGCGCAGCAGCGUACGACUCAAGCUUGGCGCCCGAGCGCGUGCAGCUCAUUACGAACGCUACCGUAGAUGACGCAGCACUAGAGGAACUCCACGAGACGCUACUCUCUGAAGGUGGCAACUUGUACCGCGCCAUAACGGGUACGACGCAAGCCAUCGACAUCAUCAAGGCCGGAGUCAAGGUCAACGCGCUACCUGAGAGGACGUACGUGGCAAUCAACCACCGCGUUGCAGACUACAGCGACUAUGACGCGGUCAAGACUCGCUAUGCGAACGUCCUUGCGCCCGUCGCAGCGAAGUACAACCUCACGCUUGAUGUCUUCGGCAACUCGUAUGGUUCUGGGCCGGCAUUUGGGCAUCUGAAGAUCACGACCGCGUUCGACGAGCCUGUCCCACCUGCUCCUGACGCGCCGACCUACGGCAGCACGCCGUGGGCUUUGCUUGCGGGAACGAUCCGCUCGACGUUAUUGGAUGGUCAUAGGCCUGAUCUGCCGAAGGCGGAGAGUGCGGCUGUGGCGCCGAUGCUUGGGCUUGGAACGACAGAUACGAAGUAUUAUAGCCGUCUGACGCCUUAUAUCUACCGGUACCAUCACCUCGACUCUGGUGACAGCUAUAAUGGAGCGCAUACGGUCAACGAGGCAAUGAAGGCUGAGGGCUUCAUUGAGAUGAUUCGUUUCAACACGCGUUUAUUGCUCAAUGUUGACGAGGCGGACAUGGCGUAG